AUGGCUAUUGUCAAUCCAGAAUAUGGCAAGAUGUAUGGCCGAUAUAAACAAGCUACAGACAAUGUUCUGUCGUGGAUCAGGGCUCUCUACAACCGACCGAGCACAAUUCCCCUGAACAAGCAUCUCCAAUUGGCAGUUUCGGCCGUUCAAGACGGCAUCCAAAUGCCCGAGAACAUACUCGAAAACCUUCAGACCGCCAUCAACCUGCGAAGGCAGACAGCCGAGCUCCACAAGCACACCGGAACCUCAGAUCACGGACACGACUAUAUGAUCACAGUUCUUCAAACCAUCUCAACCAUUUUCGCCCCUUCGAGACCAGCAACUCCAGAACGGGCUUCAGCAUGUGCUGCAAUCCCAGCACCCUCUCCUUUCUGGCAAGGACACUUGACACCUCGACCUUUUACUCCUCCUCCUCCAGGGUACUUCCCGCCAGUUCCUUUUCAGCAGGAAUGGUGUCCUCCUGCAUUUUGUGCAUAUGAUCAGAUCUAUCAGAAUCAGCAACCGCCCUACGGAGCCUAUUAUUCGCCACCUCGCUCUCCUCCACCACCGCCUGGCUUGUAUCCGAUGUGGCAGCUACCUCAAGCUCAAUACUCUUACUUCGGCCCAACCACCACUACGAGCACUUACGGCAUCGAUUUGCAGGAUUCUAUGUUUGAAAGCGCUCCGGGUUAUUGA